AUGACACCUCCAGUUUCUGGACUCGGUGUUUUGAGAGUAAAACAAGCAGAGCAUCCCCCUCCUUCACGCAGAGAAAGCUUUAGAAAUAGGAAACGCAGUGAACUUGCAACUGACGGUGACAGCGAGGGUUGUGUUCACGAGUCUGCCGUCGUCGAUGGCGAAUGCCGUAAGCGACGGAGGAUAGAACCCUUGUUGCAAGGCCAGGAAAUCAUCCGAAAGAAUGACAGCUCCAAGCCUGAAGAUGGGUGGGAGGACAAGGAGUGGUAUAUGGGCCCACACAAAGUCCAAUCCUCUCAGCUGUUUUAUCCGUUCAGUUCUGAGGACAGUGAUCAAACCUUUGUCAUGCUUGGCCCAAAGUUUCCUACAGCUCGGCGUCUUUUCGUGAACAAGUCCCUUAACUAUUUUUACAAACAGCAUCCCAUUAAACUACCUUGUGAGAAGGGAAAGGAACAAUGGGCCGUCAUACCCUAUAGAGCGUGGGGCGAAGAGAUGCGGAGAUGUUUCACGUUAUAUACUUCGAGAAAUGGCAAAGUCAUUGUUAGCCAGGAGAACACGGACAAAUGGCCGUUGCUUCGUAAAUCACAGGAUCCAGCAGAGGGCCUGAGCCCAUCUGUUCCGUUUGCUUAUCUCCUCCAGAAGUACCCCGUUGAAAAAGAUGUUCCAGACGAAGUUUGCCCAGUAUACGGUGAGUCUAGCUCUAAAGGCGAGUACGAUGAGGAUACAUGGCAAGAGAUAGAUGAUGAGGAACGAGAUACUAAACACGGAAGACCAUUCAACCCAGUCUGGGAAGAACAGGCGGUCAACAAAAGCCUGUGUUUGUCUACAGGUUCAUUUCUGGUGGCACCUUCGAAGAAAAAAUUCUUCGGGAAAGCGAUCUUCAAGAGCCACCUGGCUAAUCGCGUGGUCGACAAGAAGGACCCAGUCCGCUGGGCAAACAAAUCCGUAGGGGAAUACCUUAAACCAGCGGGUUCCGUUCCUCAGAAGGAUCUCACCGAAUUCAUGGGCAAGGAUCCCCUUGUUCUCGACAAGAUUAUCGAGAGCGACAACGGACCUGGGAGAAUAAUUCGAAAUAUCACUUUUACGGAAACCUUACAAAGAGAAGACAACGACAAUCUCACUGAGGAAGAAAAGCAAGGCGUCCAGAUGCAUCCAAGCGACGAACGUCUUCGACGCACAGAUCCCCGUGCAUAUCAAGCCUUGAUGACCCAAAGAGAAUCAAAACGGCAGGCAAAACAAGCAGCUUUGUUGGCGGCCAAAGCUCAGGUUCAAGCGAACCAACCGAACCAAUAUCACUUCGAUCAGAAGGGGACCGCACAUCCGAGCCUGCCACAUCAUCCUCAUCUGCCGCAGCUGUCGCACAAUGUUGGCCCGCGUCCUUUGCCGCCGGACACAAGCAUCUCUCGACCAGCUCCGACCUCUCCUGCAAAUAGUAGCAGUUUUUUUUCCUACACCGUCAUCACAUGCGCAUUCACGGACUUCCGGCAAUACCACAACUUCAACCGCAGGGUCUACUCCGCAACAACGCCCACCGCCACCAUCGAACGCUGA